AAUAUUUUAAAACAGGAAACAAAGAGUUUUUUACGGGAACCAUAAUUGAUUAAGACGGUAAGGCGUUAAGACAUGAUUGUAUUUUUCCUUUCCAUAUCCUUUAUAUCGUUGCUAACUGAGGCAUGCUACUACAGUCCCAAGUGUGUAAUACAGAAUCCUAAUCAUGGAAACUGUUACAUGAAGAGAAGAGAUAUACACAGGGUAAAGCCCUAUGAGUAUACCGGCAAGCUGUCUAUAAAAUAUUACAACGUAACAACGAGCACGCAGGCAAAACAAAGACUUGGAAAAAUACAGCUUAGUAUAGAAAGAGGCACAAAACGAGAUCUCCGAUAUAUAACGAUAGGAAUCUAUGAAGACAGUCUAUCGUGGAAAUAUCUUGUUAAGAUUAACAAUACAAAGCUAUUUGAUGAGAAUCAUAUGGAAGUUCAUGUGUCCUGUUUAAAGAUGUCUGACCAAAGAGUCAACAUGACAAUUGCGAUGAGAGUCAAAAACCCAACGAGAAGAAAGCCAACCAAAAAUCGACAAGGCAGACGAAAAUACAAAUUACAAAACAACAAAUGUUUACUUAUCAUAUUUAAAACAAACCAUCAACGUCAACUGAUGGCCAUUACAGUCACUGCAAAAAACCAUCGCUUGUGUCAAAGGAAAAGGAGGUUCAAUAAAAAAGAAAAUAUGCGAUGCAUAUGUCAAAGAAAAAGAAGAAGGAGAAGGAGGAAAAACAAAAGAAAAAUUAUUAAAAAUUCUACAGCAGAUUCAACAGAUUAUCUUCAAACAAAUAGUUUAACUUUGAAAGGCAUUUAUUCAACGCCUAAAAAUGAAAAACAGAUUUUACCAAAGGAAAACUGCAUAGUAGAUGUCCAUAAAAGAACUACUUCGUUUUGGUGGGACAAAAAAGACCAAAAUAUUCAUAUAGAAUCAUGUGGCAUUAUGAACAACGCGUCAGAGUUGAUCGUUGGAAAGAUAAUUGAAAAUGGAAAUAUUGUGUCUUGUCUUACGCCAUACAAGAAAACGGAAAUCUAUUAUCCACGGAUUUAUUACUACCAUAGACGUAUGAAAUCAUUUGUAAGUCCAUGUGCUUUUAAGAAGAAAUGAGUGGAGGCUCAUAAUACAU